AAGAGAACGUUUUCUAAGCCAUAGCUGGAGCUAAAGAAAUACACCUAGCUGCUAUCUGCCAAUCUCUUGGACCAAGAAACCAAGGUUGAUUGUACCAGCGAUUUCUCUACUGAGAGGAUUGCAUAUUGUAUGCCCCAUCACACUAAUGGAGACUGCGCCACGGAAAGCUCGGCGGAACAGGCAAGUGGCAUUUCUUAUUGCUGCUUUAUUCUUGUCUGAGGCGGUUUCAGAGCCACAGCAGUACUCAGUGGCAGAGGAAACUGAGAAUGGUUCCUUUGUGGCUAAUGUUGCAAAGACUCUGGGGCUAGAGGUAGGGGAGUUGUCAUUCCGAGGGGCCCGGGUGAUCUCUGAGGAUAAAAAGCAAUAUCUGCAGCUUAAACGCAACACUGGGGAUCUUCUUAUAAAAGAGAAGCUAGACCGGGAGGAGCUGUGUGGCUCUGCCGAGUCCUGCGUGCUGCCUUUCCAAAUCUUACUGGAAAACCCUUUUCAGUUUUUCCGGGCUGAGCUGAGGGUAGAAGACAUAAAUGACCAUUCGCCCACCUUCCCGGAAUCUGAGAUGAUUCUGAAAAUAUUAGAAAGCACUACGCCAGGGACUGUGUUUCCACUAAAGAUGGCCCAAGAUUUAGACGUUGGAAUAAACAGUCUCCAGAACUAUACCAUUGGGCGCAACCCCCAUUUCUUCGUCCGCACUCGCGCACGCAACAAUGGAAGAAAGUUCCCAGAGCUGGUGUUGGAUAAAGUGCUGGAUAGGGAGGAGGAGCCUGAGCUCACUUUAACUCUCACAGCAGUAGAUGGGGGGAUUCCACCCAGAUCCGGGACAGCUCAAGUCCGGGUCCUGGUUAUGGAUAUCAAUGACAACGCCCCUAUCUUCACUCACACCCAGUAUGAGGUUCAAAUCCCAGAGAACAGCCCCAUUGGCUCUCUAGUAGUGACUGUCUCUGCUCGAGAUUUAGACGCUGGAAUCAAUGGGGAUGUGACUUAUGCCUUAUUCCAAGCUUCGGAUGAAGUCAGUCAAACAUUUAGAGUAGAUCCCAUUUCCGGAGAGAUUCGACUCAAAAAACAACUGGAUUUCGAGGAAAUUCAAAAAUAUGAGGUGGAUAUUGAAGCAAUCGAUGGCGGGGGGCUUUCUGGAAAAUGCACUGUUGUGGUUCAAGUAACGGAUCUGAACGACAAUUCCCCGGAGUUGAUUGAAUCGUCACUUACCAGCAAUAUCCCAGAGAACUCCCCAGAGACCGUGGUGGCUGUUUUCAGCAUCCGAGAUCGCGACUCCGGGGACAACGGAAGAAUGAUGUGUUCUAUCCAGGAAGACCUCCCUUUCUCCCUGAAACCAACUUUCAAGAACUUUUAUACACUGGUCACAGAGGGAGCCCUGGACAGAGAAAGGAGGGCUCAGUAUAACAUCACUGUUACCCUCACGGAUUUAGGGUCCCCGAGACUCAAAACCGAGCACAACAUCACGGUAUUCAUCACUGACGUCAAUGACAAUCCACCAGUAUUUACUCAGACAGCCUAUACACUUUACCUCAGGGAGAACAACAGCCCCGCCCUCCAUAUUGGCAGCGUCAGUGCAGAUGACAGGGAUGAAGGAACCAAUGCUAAAGUCAUCUACUCCCUGCUGUCUCCUGAGACUGAAGAUUUACCCCUCUUCUCUUAUAUCUCCAUCAAUUCGGACAAUGGACAUCUCUAUGCUCUGAGAUCCCUGGAUUAUGAAACCAUGCAAGCCUUCCAGUUCACUGUGAGAGCGGCUGAUGGGGGCUCUCCAGCCCUGAGCAGCCAAGCUUUGGUUCAGGUUGUGGUCCUGGAUGAAAAUGACAAUUCUCCCUUUGUACUAUAUCCUCUGCAGAAUGACACGGUUCCUUGCAAUGACCUGGUGCCCAGAGCUGCAGAGCCAGGUUACCUGGUGACCAAGGUGGUGGCUGUAGAUAGGGACUCAGGACAAAAUUCCUGGCUAUCCUACCAGCUACUUAAAGCCACAGACCCGGGACUCUUCACUGUGUGGGCUCAUAAUGGAGAAGUUCACACAGGAAGACCCAUCAGUGACAGAGACACCAUCAAGCAUAGACUUCUGGUUCUGGUGAAGGACAAUGGGAAGCCACCUUUGUCCACAGCAGUCACGCUGAAUAUACUCUUGGUAGACGGAUUCUCUGAGCCACAUGUACAGCUCCUAGACACAAAGAAGGAGCAAGUCCAGAAUGACUCCCUCACUGUUUACUUGGUCAUUUCUCUCGUUUCAGUCUCAUUCCUCUUCCUGGUCUCCGUCUUCCUUUUCAUAGCUGUGCGUCUAUGGAAGAAGAAAAGAAGUGCUGCAAAUGAAGUUUGCUUGGGGACCAGUGGCCCCUAUCCAGGUCACUUAGUGGAUGUCAGUGGCACAGGGACUCUUUCCCAGAGUUACCAGUAUGAAAUGUGUCUGACCAGUGGCUCAGGGAAUGGAGAAUUCAAAUUCCUGAAACCCAUUAUUCCCAGCCUCCAAGCUCAGAAUACUGGGGAGGACUUAGAAGAAAGCCCACCCUUUAGGAGUAGCUGUGGCUUCAAUUAGAGGUAUGAAGUGAUGACAAUGUACAUGUGAUUUUCUCAUAUUUGCUAUGGACAUUGCCCCAGUAGAUCUUUAUUGCUUGGAUUAUUAGAGAGUUACUGUAUAUGCUACUCUUCAAAAGUUUUUUGACUUCUGCAGGUUGGACAUUCCAGUCAUUUGGAUACUUAUGUAUUGCCUUCAUUUACAUUAUCUAGAGGACAGAAUUUUAUUCGACUUUUGAGUAACAGCUCACAUUUGGGCCCUAACUCACCCUCUGAGCCCAUAAGAACAUCUUGUGUUCUAACUUCUGUCUGACUACCACUAACCUUUUUGGAAACAAUGAAGAUGAGUAGAAUGUGAAUGCUACAUGCUCUUAAGUUAUCAUGGAUUUAGGCCAAUCUUUGUUAUCAUUUGUACUUACAGUUUCAUAUUCUCUUCCCACAGUGCUUUAAUACAAGCAAUGCAGAGCUUUGCUCUACAGAGUGGUUGGUUUUUUUUCCUGCAAAAGGUCAUAAUUAUUCUA